GCAUCCUUGCAAGCUAUAUCCGCCCAACAGCACCGUUGUUGCGAAGGGCUUUAAAAGGGUCAGCCUAGCCUAGCCUUUCGUAUAUAUUUGCUCGAAACUUUGUAGUUUUCCUACGUUAUAAGACGAAACGUAACCACGGAGAAAGUCAACUUCUUUCUAUGAUACGCAGAUAUCGUAUUUAUGUUCUUCAACAUCCUUGAUUUUCUCAUCUUCAUUCAACUUACUCCCGUGUAUUUACUAAACCAUCUGAUAUCUCACUAUGGAUAAUGGACCAUCAACCAAGACAGUUCAUCAGACAUCUUCGUCUGCACAGCUGGAUUCAAAACCAACCCUGAUGAAACUGUCAUCGUAUCUUCUAGCCUUAAGACCAUGGUCCUUAAGUGCAUCGUUAAUGCCAACAUUGACUGGGUGUGCUCUUGCGUACAAGCUGAGUCCUAACGCCGGCUUGUUUAGUUGGGUAUUAUUAUUACUCACUCUCUUUACUGUUCUGUGUGUUCAUGGAGCAGGUAAUCUUGUUAAUACAUAUUUUGAUUAUGUGAAAGGCAUAGAUGGCCGGAAAAGUGAUGAUCGAACAUUAGUGGAUCACAUUUUAUCAAAAGAUGAAGUUGCUACUCUGGGUGGUAUGUUGUAUGCUGCUGGAUCUAUAGGCUUCCUCCUCCUUGCUGCAACAUCACCAGCUAAAAUGGAGCAUCUGGCAUUAGUGUAUUUUGGUGGACUAUCAAGUUCUUUCUUAUAUACUGGAGGCAUUGGUCUGAAAUACAUAGCUUUAGGUGAUGUUCUAAUUUUAAUUAUAUUUGGUCCUAUAUCUGUUCUCUUUGCCUUCAUGUCUCAAACAGGGAGGAUAGAUUUUGCUACUAUUUAUUAUGCCAUUCCUCUUGCUUUAAACACAGAAGCAAUUCUUCAUAGUAACAACACUCGAGACUUAGAAAGUGAUCAACGCGUUGGUAUUGUUACUUUAGCCAUACUUAUUGGACAUACAGCAUCCCAUAUUUUGUAUGCUUUCCUCUUAUUUACUCCUUAUAUUUUAUUUGUUGUAUUAGGUGUGAGACUUAGUCUGUGGUUUUUACUCCCACUUGUUACAUUACCAGCUGCUUUUGAUAUUGAGAAGCAAUUCCGAAAUCCAGAAACAAUUCAGAAAGUGCCCCAGAAAACAGCCAAGUUAAACCUUUUCUUUGGUGUCUUGUAUGUUCUUACCAUCAGUAUGGUAGAAACAAGCCAACUACCCUUUUUGAACCAAUAGUUAUUAUUAAAUUAUUAUCAUACCCUGCUUUUUUCAUGUUGCAGUUUUGAAAUGCCAAGAACACUAUUAUUUGUGACGGAAUAGGACCCUUUGCUGUGAACUGUAGGAAAUCAUGCUUGUAUUUUAAACAACAGUGAAAGGUAAAAUUGAAAUUAGCAAUUUGCUUAUGAAACUGUGGCACACAAUGAAGGUUGCAUUAAUCCUCUGCGAGCUGGAAAGCAAUCGACUGUUACAUAGGUUACAACUCCUAAUACAUGUUCCCGGACUGUCUAGAAGAGAAAUUAAGCGCCUAAAUUUCUUAGGGCACUGCCAAAUUUAAUUCAAUUUCUAUCGUGUAAAGUCAUAGAGUUCUGACUGAAUUUUCAUACGGAACUAAAUAGGGCUAUAUUUUAAAUUGCAGUAUGUAGAUGUACUUCAUUCUGUACUUUUAUUGUAAUCUUAGAUCAGAAAACUUUGAUUGUUCAUAAUCUCAUUUUCUUAAAACUUAUUUUGCUUUACUUCUUGCCAGUUCUCAGUUUACCUGUCUUGAAUUGAAUUUGUCCAUCUGGUUUCCUCUUGUUUUGGGGCUUCAAACUAUUUAUGUAUCUAUUGUCAGUAUCUAUCUAGUUCACACAAUAAACUCAGUAUCUUCCUAUUUUGUAAAGAAAAGAAUACCAUGUAUAUAUGAUGCAACCCUGGCAGCUUGUACUUAAGCUAUAGCAGUUUUUUCUUAUAUUACCUGCAAUAUAUCGGAUGGAGCCUAUGCUUUCUAAUGCAGAGAAAUGUUCUUUGUUUUUAGUAAGGUUGACAUUUACAGUGAGGUUAGUUGUAUUUGUCCUAAUUAGGUUUGUGAAAUUUUUAUCUUUGAGAAGGGAGGAUCUAUGAACCCAUUUAUUUAUGUAUACAUAUAUAUUUUUGUUAUGGCCACCUACAGUGGACUGUUACUUAAUAUAUGGAGAUAAGCAUCGGUAUUGAUGUGUGUCAUGACAAUAAGUGCUUUUUUUAAGUACAUAAAAACAAUUGUGACUGAUGUUCUCUGAACACAAACUUGAUUUUAUGUUAAAAGAAAUUACUUUCAUAAAAUCCUUUAUAAGUGCUUGUGUUCCUGUUAGAGUUCACAUAGUAAAGGAUUAUUAUAUUAUUAAUUUUUAGUGUUCUUAAUACUUUUUCAUCUCCGUGAUGGUAGGAAUUGUGACAUAUUUUGGUGAGCUCAUAUCAUUUUGCAUAGGGAUGAUCAAGUAGUUAACAUAACAAUUAUGUUAUGUUAAGAAAAAUAUUUGGUGAUUUAUUUUUCAUUGUGUGUACAGAAAUUUUGUUCCAAGAAGCAAUCUGGUCAGUAUGACGUGUUGCCCUCGACACACAGCUCUUUUUUUCUUUCUUUUUGCAGCAAUUCUAUGAUAGCUGACAAAAUUCUGACUCUGUUACGUUACAUAUACUGUGUGGCCAAAGGUAAAUCUGCCUCGUAAAUACUAGAACACUAAUUUAUUUAUUUAUUUAUUAUCUUCCAUUAAAAUGAGAGAAAAUGCCUCAUUUGGCUGUCUUGCUUUACUGCUGAUGCUGAUAGGCCGAACGGGGUAUAAUUUUUAAAAUGUUCACAGCACAUGUUAGAGAUGUGUUGUACUCUUUGAGAAUAUGAAAAGUGAUAUGUCUGGUUAUUUAUAUUUGCUUUUUUAUUAAAUGUAGAUGUGGUAAGUAGAA